GAGAGAGAGAGAGAGAGAGAGAGAGAGAGAGAGCUGCAGCAGCAUGCUUCAACAGAGUGCCCAACUCCUGCGCGAGGACUAGCCAGACUCCUGACCUGUGCGCUAAGUUCAAGGCUGAUUUUCUCAACUUUUACAAGCCCACUUCUCAACAAAUUUGACUCUAGGCUACAGACAACACAUCAUCUUCCGUGUCACUUCCCAGCCGUGGAUGAGAGCAAGAACCGUGGAUGGUUAUGUUUGAAAAGGAGUCAGGACAGCCUCUGGACCAGUCGACCGCGACAGCGAUGCCUUCUAACAAAUACUCUGCUGCUAUCAUGGAGGAGAGCAACAACAUGACGGCCACAGCACCGGUUAAUGGAGACACGGCUCCAGCUGAGGGCCUAUCAGAGAAUGACAGUGGCGUGGAGCUGAUUAAUGAGAACAGCCCCCUCACCGCGGCUGAACCGCCCUCCCCCUUCAGCCCCAAGCAGAACGGAGAUGCCGCCUCACCUCAAGAUGGUAACCAGUGUUCAGGGGGAAGCAGGAAGAGGAGCAGGAAGAGGUCAGAGGAGGAGGAAGCUACCUGGGACUCCUACAGCAAGGACAAGACUUCGGGAGCGUCUCAGUUGAGUUUGAGACAGACGCCUCGACCCAGGACCAUCUUCCAGGCUGGUCUGACGCGGCACACACACAACAAACCUCGCAGGCAGAGCCGCAAACAGGAGCACAGCAUGUUACUGUGCGGUGGUGGUGGUGGUGCUCCUCGGUUGGCCGUGGCUGUGUCCGGCAGGGUCCCCGAGGCCCCCCGUCUGGAGUUGAUGGAACAAGACUCCAAGGACUCGGCCCAGAGCAUCAGCACCUCGUCUAGCUCCGAGAUCCAGCCGGAGUACAAUGACAACAAGGGUUUUGGCAUCGGCGAGCUGGUGUGGGGGAAAAUCAAGGGUUUCUCCUGGUGGCCCGGCAUCGUGGUGACGUGGCGCGCCACCGGCAAGCGACAGGCCAGCCACGGCAUGAGGUGGUUGCAGUGGUUUGGAGACGGAAAGUUCUCUGAGGUUUCUGCAGACAAACUGGACUCCAUCAUCGCCUUCCCCAAGUUCUUCAGCCAGGCUUCGUACACCAAGCUGGCGUCGUACCGCAGGGCUAUCUUCCAAGCACUGGAGAUGGCCAGUAUCCGGGCGGAAAAGAAGUUUACUCCCUGUGAGUCCGACAAUCUAGACGAACAGGUCAAGCCCAUGCUGGACUGGGCCAAUGACGGCUUCCUGCCCAAAGGAGAGGAGGGACUCAAACCUACGCACAGCGCCGACAGUAACCCUCUGGACCACCAGGUCCUCGAUGUUUCCCUGCCAGAGUAUUUCCCCAGUGCCAAGCGGCCGAAAGCCAGCGUCUGCAAAAGCAAGGCCGCCCACGAGGAGUCCUACAGCAGAGAACAAAUGGUGAAUGAAGUUCUGAAGAAUAAAAGAAGUAUAGAAGAGUUCUGUCUCUCUUGUGGAAAAACGAGAACAGCAACCUUCCACCCGCUGUUUGAAGGAGGCCUGUGCCAAACGUGCAAGGACGUGUACCUGGAGAUGUCCUACAUGUACGACGAUGACGGUUACCAGUCCUACUGCACCGUCUGCUGUGGAGGUCGAGAGGUUUUGCUCUGCGGCAACGCCAACUGCUGCAGGUGUUUCUGCGUGGACUGUCUGGACAUCCUGGUCGAUCCCGGGGCGUCUAACAACGCUCGCUAUCUGGACCCUUGGCGAUGCUACAUGUGCCAGCCGCUGAUGCAGUAUGGCGUCCUGAAGCAACGACAUGACUGGAGCCUCAAGCUGCAGGAGUUCUUUGCCAACGACAACGGACAGGAGUUUGACAAACCAAAGAUUUACCCAGCAGUUCCUGCAGAGCAGAGACGACCAAUCAGAGUCCUCUCCCUGUUUGACGGCAUUGCUACUGGCUACCUGGUUCUGAGGGACCUGGGUUUUAAGGUGGACCAGUAUGUGGCAUCAGAGGUGUGUGAGGACUCCAUCUCAGUGGGGGUUGUCAGACAUGAAGGAAAGAUCCAGUACGUCCAUGAUGUCAGGAAUAUUUCUAAGAAAAACCUUCUUGAUUGGGGUCCAUUUGACCUGGUGAUAGGAGGAAGUCCCUGCAAUGACCUGUCAAUCGUCAAUCCUGCCAGAAAAGGGCUCUAUGAAGGCACAGGGAGGCUGUUCUUUGAGUUUUACCGUCUGCUGAGCGAGGCCAAGCCCAAAGAAGGAGAGGACCGGCCGUUUUUCUGGAUGUUCGAGAAUGUGGUUGCCAUGGGCGUUAACGACAAGAGGGACAUCUCACGAUUCCUGGAGUGUAACCCUGUGAUGAUUGAUGCUAUCGAAGUCUCUGCUGCUCACCGUGCCCGAUACUUCUGGGGAAAUCUGCCUGGCAUGAACAGACCUUUGUGUGCCUCUGGGAUGGACAAGCUGGAGCUGCAGGACUGUUUGGAUCACGGCAGAGUUGCAAAGUUUGGGAAGGUGCGCACCAUCACUACUCGCUCCAACUCCAUCAAACAGGGAAAGGAUCAACACUUUCCUGUCCUGAUGAAUGGAAAGGAGGACAUACUUUGGUGCACUGAGCUAGAGAGGAUCUUUGGCUUCCCUGUCCACUACACAGACGUGUCCAACAUGGGUCGCGGUGCCAGACAGAAGCUCCUGGGCCGGUCGUGGAGUGUCCCCGUCAUCAGGCAUCUGUUCGCACCAUUGAAAGACUACUUUGCCUGUGAAUAGAUGCCACCCGCAACCAGCAAACAGACGCCACGUAUGAUUACACACCAGCUUUCCUCCCGUGAUAUUGGCUCCAGCAUUCAUCAUCUGCCAGCCAAAUCAUUUUGCAAAGAGCUGGAAGUUUUCUCCACUCUGGCAGGC